CACAGCUAACAAUCAUUGUUGACAUGAGCUGAGUAUUCUUGAUACGAUGGUAUACGAACUCAGAGCAUGGCGUUGUCUAGAACGAAAAAGUAAUGAGAAAAGCCUAUUGUUCCCCCUGACGUAUUACAGACCGCAUAAUGCGGCUGUUGGCGCUGCGGAUCAGAGCGUGGAUCAGGAUGCUUUAAUACACACAGUGUACCUAUAUGAUGGAAGCUGGAUCUCUUUCAGGGACGUGAAUACAAAUACCUGAUCUUCGUCCCCGUAGCUUUCGUUACUCCAAAUCAUUUAGACAAAUAUUCAAGUCAUUAGACUGUCAUAUUUGAGUAUAGCAAUCUUGUCUUCACCAUGUCCCACACAGAACCCAUCUUUGAGAGGUCGAAAAGCAGACUCGCGAGGCUCUCGGAGAAGCUACACGACAAUGACGAUGAGCUUGGUAGCCAGUUGCCGGGGCUAGCGGAGCUUCUCGACGACAUUGUCUCCCCAGACAUAAAUGUGCCUCGAGAAGAAUCUGUUCGCAGACUAUUGCGUGUCUUUUGGAAAUCUCAGUCCGAUGGUACAUAUAGCGACAUCCUCAAGCGAUAUUCCGCCCAGGAAAAGAGCUUGAUACGAAAAUUUGUUGAAGAUGAGAAGGCAGCCGACGACCUCCCUGACGAUUUCGACGUGGGCCUAUCUGUCGGUGCUCGUGAUGAAUUACCGGCCUUAUCUAAUGAAGGGGAUCACCUCUCAAUUGGCGAAGAAUUACGCUCUGCCUUCUCCGAUGUAAUUCAUGGCAUGCAUGAGCAUGUAACCCUUUACAACGACGAAAGCAAAAAGGUGAAGAUCGCUGUUCACGUCGAAGAGAAGUUUCAGAAUUGGGGCCUUACUGUCAAGAACACCCCGAGUCUUACCUAUAUCCCGAGCACAUCUUAUGGCAUUCAACAGAUUGUCAAGCACGCAAAGGCUCGUGGCUUGAGGGUUAGAGCAUCUGGAUAUCGCCAUUCAUGGUCUCCAGUCUUCAGCGAUAACGGUCAGAUCAUCAUCUCGACUCUAGGCUUAUUUGAAGCUACAAAGCUUCCGAAUAUCGUAUCGUUACCCGGGUCCCAAUUCUUCGUCCGUGGCACAGAGCUCAAUAGCAUCGACUUUGUGGGAACGCCUCAAAGAGGGCAGAAGCGACUCGUUCGGGUUGGUACCGCGGUGACUAAUCAAAUGUUCAGGAGGUGGUGCAACAAACAGAAGCUAGACGCCGCUUCAACUCUCCCGUUGAAUGUCAUCAUGGUAGAGAUCACCAUGGGAGGGUCCAACGCCCCAAUCUGUCAUGGUGCUGGCCGAAGACAUCCAACUCUUAGCGAUCUGGUAUACGCCAUCGAGUACGUAGAUGUCAACGGCAACCUGCAAACCAUCAGCAAAGACAAGGACCCUAGCUUCAUGUCCGUAGCUAGUGGUUGUUUUGGACUCUUGGGAAUCGCCACCCACAUUACUCUUGAGCUUGACCCCAUGACAUACGCAGUUAUGACCCCUGUACAAAUUCCCGUUAUGCAGGCCAUCCCGCCUCCUCCCGAACUGGCGGAUGAGGACAUUCCCGAACCCCUGCGGAUCAAGAUGUCGCCAGAGCAACGUGUCCAGGCUCAAGCGGACUUUGAGAAGCGUGCGGCAGACGACUUUUAUGCAGAAUGGUUCUGGUUCCCGUACACGAGCAAGGUCUGGGUGAACUGCUGGAACAACACGGAAGACGGCCAAGGAGCGAAGGACUACCCGAGCAAGGCCGGCGUUCUUCUCCAGUGGGUCGAGACCGUGGCUAUCCAAGUCAUCCAAGACUCCGAAGCUUUCCUCAAGUUGCAGAACAUAUUCCCCUGGGCGCAAACUACGUUGCUGUCGAAACUAGGUCUAUAUGCCAUGCCGAAUAUCACCGACCCGAAGGAUACAAUUAGAACGCAGCUACCAGAUGCGCUACACUUCCGGAGAGCCAUUCAGAAUGUCAGAGUCAGAGACACAGAGCUCGAGAUCCCAUUGCAGCCUAAGGUUGGCAGUUUGAAGGACGCGAAGCCGGAUGCGGAAAUUAACUGGUCUCUUGUGCAGAAGGCGUGGUGGGAUGCGAUACUAGCCGCGUACAAGCAUAGCGACACAUGCCCCCAACGUAUGCCCCUCGAGAUGCGCAUUACUGGCCCCUCCAAUGUGACUAUGGCGCCGUUCCGUGGACAUAAGUUGGGCACUUGUUCGAUCGAGGUUCUAACACUGCAGAAUAUGGAGGCGGAAUGGACUCCAUAUGCGCAAUACGUCAUCGAUCAAUGGAUGGAACUGAAAGACAACCAGGGAAAGUAUCUAGAGACACGGCCGCAUUGGGCUAAGGAAUGGGCCACUAUGACUGUUCGUGGGCAGCCCAUGGUUGAGUACAUGAAGGAAUCGUACCGCGAUGCCAUCGUUGAGUUCCGAGAAACGCUUGGUCAAAUUGCACAAAAGCAAGGAUGGAAUUUGGAAGAAGCUCGGCAAAGGUUUAGCAAUGAACUUUUUGACAAGUUCUUUUUCACAUGAAAAGAGUGAAAUAGAUUUAGUUAUACAACAUUGAUCCUUCUCUCUUCGUUUACCUACCUG